AUGCUUGUCGCAAUGAACUUUGGAUUAAUAUCACGUAUUAUAUCAGCGUAUCAACCAGAUCCACAGAAUAUAAUUAAUGCAUUUUGUAAAGCACGUACUUAUUUCGGUCAGUCUAGUGUCAUGUCAUAUCGUUGGAUGUUAACUAUGGCUUGUAUUGAUCGAUACACUUCAUCAACAGUCAAUGCUCGUAUACGCAAUCUCGCUAAUCCACAUAUUGCUUCUCGCGUUAUACUCAUUAUUGUCAUCAUUUGGAUAAUAGUACCUUGGCAUAAUUGGAUGUUUCUUAAUAUUAAUGGAAGCGCAUGUGUUUGGACUUCCUCUUCGGUUGCAACAUAUAAUAGUGCUUUGGUAGUUACAUUUGGUUUUAUAGUUCCAACAACAGUUAUGAUUACAUGUGCUGUGCUCAUUAACAAUAAUCUUAGGCAUAAACGUAAACGUCGUCGAAAUAACGUUUCCACAACAGUUGAGAGUCAAGCGAAUCGUUUACUUAGAGCACGUGAUCGACAAACAUUACUCAUGUUAUAUGUUGAAAUCAGCUUUUAUAUAAUCUGCACAUUACCUUGGGCAAUUUUUACGACACUUACCACAUUAGUUCUCGACGAGAAUCCAAUUGGAGCUGUUGGUGCACAGCGUCUGGCGAAUGCGUUACAAUAUAAUACGACGCUUACAACAUUAGAUCUAGAUAACAAUCAAAUCGGAGUUGUUGGUGCACAGCAUCUGGCGGAUGCAUUACAAAAUAAUGCGACGCUUACCUCAUUAGAUCUCGGCUGCAAUCUAAUUGAAGAUGUUGGUGCACAGCGUCUGGCGAAUGCGUUACAAUAUAAUACGUCGCUUACCACAUUAGAUCUCUCCAGCAAUAAUCUAAUGAGUGAUGUUGGUACACAGUAUAUAGCGGCUGCAUUACGAGCUAAUACGACACUUACCUCAUUAGAUCUCAACUGCAAUGGUAUCGAAGAUAUUGGUGCACAGUAUCUGGUGGAUGCAUUACAAAAUAAUAUGACCUGUCAGCCUGCAUUGAAUUUUCCAGAACGUGAUCCAGAUUUUAAAUAA